GGAGUGACCAUGUGCAAACUGGUGGUGGCACUGGAGGCCACGUCGAUAUUCGUGUCGACGAUUAGCAUAACAGCCAUCGCUUUAGACAGAUAUCAAGUGAUUUUGCAUUCCGGGAGCGAAAACCGAAUGCUCGGCAAUAUAUUCAAACUGUCGUUCAUAUGGUUGGCCGCUAUUCUCUUGGCUCUCCCACUCUUCCUCUUCCGCACCGUUGAAACACAUCAAUUGGAUAUGCCAUGGCUUAAAUCGAUCAACUUUUGUGUGGAGCGGUGGCCGAUAGCGCACGGGAGGGGCUAUUACUCGGUCUUCUCAAUGGUGUUUCAAUACUUUGUGCCGAUACUGAUUGUCAGUAUAGUGUAUACGCGGCUGUGUAUGAAAUUGCGGACCCGAGCCAUACGCCGGACAUCGACCACACAAUUGCCAAAACUCAAGAGUCGGCUCAAGAAGAGGACACGAAAGACAAAUUCUCUACUCAUAUCGAUUGCACUCAUAUUCUGUAUCUCGUGGUUACCCCUCAAUCUCAUUAACAUUAUCGCCGACUUUUGCUUCCCAUUUAAAUCGGACAAAACGUUUCGGAUUGUGUUCGCCAUCUGUCACAUGGCAGGUAUGUCGAGCGCGUGUUCAAACCCACUUCUGUACGGAUGGCUAAAUAAUAACUUUCGUAACGAAUUCAAAGAGCUUUACGGCGUUUUCCAGUCAUUUGUGAUCAAAUGUUUUAACGGAAAGUCAAACAUAAAUAACAACAACACAAUUAUGAAGUCAGGGGCGAACCGACGCCCGUCGCACAUAUACUGCGGGCCCACACACCUGCUCGAGGAGAUGGACCACAACGACCUGCACGCCAACCGACUCACCCGAGAGACUAUGGUUGUGGCCACCAGUGCUAAUGAUAUACCGUUAACCGUCUCCUGUGAAUACAAAUAAUACAUUUCACUCAACACUUAUAUUAAAUAUCAUUUUAAUUAGUUUUUUUUAAAGAGAUCACGUGUAAUUUAUGUAUUGAUUUUUGUUUC